ACUGUACGGUGGUCUGGACCGGCGGAGAGCGCGUUCUAGCGCCGCCCGCGCAUUUCUUGAAUACGAUUUUAGUCACGCUCUCAAGUCUCAAAGUACGAUCGGCUGUCGCGCUUACCGGGGUUGUCGUGUUCAACGCAGCAUUCGUCUCGCGAUCAAAUUUCCAAAAAAAAAAAACUUUUGAGAAGUCUACUUCGCUGGUCAGUUAAUAUCAUAACCGUGGCAUUGUAUUUCGAAGAAAACAACUCAAAAAGUUGCGUAGUUCAUAAUCUGUAAGGACUCCGGGACUCGAGGCAAGAUGAAAAUCCGCUGAACGGCCAUGGACGGAAUUGCUGACCGCCGCGUAGUCCGGCACCACGGCAAACACCAUAAAAUGGCCCCGCCUGACCGCUGGCCGUCCGGUGCCGCCGACCAGCAACAGAACGCCGUACACCACCGGCAGACCGUGUUCUCGGCCGCCAACAACUCUGUGGCCAACAGCGGCCAUUUGCAAUCGACACCGGCCAGUAUGUGUUACACGACCAACGAAGUGCUGGUCAUCAUCGCGGUCACUUGUUUUUUGAACUUCGCUUUCAUCCUGCUGAUCAUGACUUGCGUGCACUGUUUCACGGAUCCGUCGUACCACAAAAAAUUCGGCGCCGUCACUUAUACCGAGCUACAAGGAGACGACCCGUUCGAUUCGGAGCUAAUAGACGGCGAUGCCAUAACGCUGUUGAAUCCGACCAAGUCGCGGGAUUACCGCAAUUCGGUCGCCGAACCGUACGAAAACAAAUUAUGCGACCUAACCGAAUACGUUCACCGUAUAGAAUCGUGUGCCGCGUUACCUGCUGGACCGAAGAACGACCGCCGGUUCAGGUCCGGGCAACAACAGCAGCUGUCGAGGUCCAGGAAAAAUUCCGAAGAAGAAGACUUGCUACUUUUCGAAUGACAUCGACCCACGACCGCACUUGGUCGACUAUCGAAGCGAUCGCAACAAAAACUGGUCGUCCGGUCCGACACGAUCAAAUUGAAGAAUUUGG